AUGCCAUUUGGGCAAAGCCUUGUCGACCUUCUCCGAUCAGACAACCACGAGCACGACAGUGAGACGGCCACGACUACUGUUGCUGACUCUUCUGCUGCUGUCACCCGCAAGGGUGGCAUUUUCGAAAACGGCGUGUGGAUGUGCGCCUGCGACCCAUGCACAGAGGCCAAGAAGUCCCAGGUUGCAAAAGAAGGGGAGAAUAUGGACCGUUGGUUCUGGCGCUGUCAGAACUUUAGAAACCAGUGCCAGUUCUUCUUGUGGGAGGACAAAGCCACGCUCGCGAGCGGAGCCCGCCUGAGCAGUCAACCAGUGACGGGGCCAGCCGGGUUUUUCUCUGCGCGGAGUGCGACGCCGGGGUGGAUUCGCAACCCCGGUAAGUUCGGCCGGCUGGUCAUCCCCCGGAUGACCGGGCCGAUGCCGGGCUGGCACAGGGACCCCGGCAUGUUUGGCUGCCUGCCUACCACCAUCGGGCUGCCUGGUUCUAUCUCUCGGGAGUUUACUCCCGACACGACGGACAGCGAGGCCGAGGAAAAUGACAACAUCGUCCGUGACUCGCAUUCCGGCCCCCACGGUGUUGUUCCCGCCAGCAACAACAACAACAACAACAACAACAACAACAACAGGAAGAGCAGGGAGCGGGAUAAGGUCUCCAUCGCCGCCGAUACGGUGGACACUCAAAGGAGAGGGACUUUCGCCACCACGAUCCCCAACACGCCGGGUCGCCGCGAGGCGACCAUCUUCAGAAACAAUCUCCCGACCUCCAACACCCACGACGCUCUCGCCCAGUUCCAGGGUAACGACAAGGACGACGAGGACGAGGACGAAGGCGAUGCGGAGAUAACCAUCGCAGCCAUGGCCCUCCUCAAGCCGAGCGCGCAAUGGAUCCUGCCGGCCAGCCUUCCAUCGCUGCGCGAUAUGCUCAACCAGAUGGAUGAGAAGUCUCGCAAGAUGCAGCGCAGCCGGGACUAG